AUGACCCCUUUAACUGCAAAGGGUUCUGAAGGAAUUGUUAAAUCUCUUCAGGUGGAUUUUGGGUUCCUCAAACAAUUGAUUCAACUGAAGUUUGAGGACCGUCUUAAAGAGGAAUCUUGCAGACUCUUCACUUCUCUACAUGACAGGAUCCUGACAAUCGAAAAACGUUACCAACAGAAUGAGGAUACCUUAAGAAAAUGCUACAAUCAGCAGCUGGCCGAUGCCAUAGCUACCAUCAAAGGAAGGUACCAGCAAUACUUUGAGGUAGAAGAAGAGAAGACACCUGUGCAUGACGCAAUGACUGUCAAAAUGAAGAUUUUGUUAAAAAAACUGAAGGAGAAAGAAAAACUCAUUAAGGAAUUAAGAGAAGAACUGGACCAAUAUGAAGAAUUUGGAUCUCAAAAAAUUGACUCCUUUAUCAAAGACGGCAGCCCUCUAAGAACAGCUCUGGAAAAGGAAAAUUUGGAGUACAAAGUGGAAAAUGAGAGCCUGCUUCAAGUCAUUUCAGAACUCAAAGAAGAAAUCCAACUCAAUCUAAAAGAAAAUUCAGUAUUAGAAGAUGAAAUUAUAAGUCUGAAAGAGAUGGCAGAAAAGGAUCAUAAAACCAUUCAAAAGCUAAUCAAUGGCAGAGACAAAUUAAUAUGUGAGCUUGAUUUUGAAAAAUCAUUAGUGCAAGAAAUGGUUAAUAAACAGAAAGAGGACCUUGAAAUGAGAAGAAAGUUUGACACUAUAGUCGCCAAGAGCCUCAGAGCCAUCAAGGAGAAAGAAACCACCUUGUCCCCGUGGCCCUCACAGCCCGGGAGUGCAGGCGCUCCGAGGCCACGUUCUUCCUCCACCGUUUCAUUGCUUUCUAAGGCCAAAAGAGUCAAGAGUCCAAAGAAGGCUUCAAAGGAAAAGCAGCCUACGGUUAAACAUGGAAUACCUGCUGCAAUGCGUGGAGAAAAAGCGAGACUAUCAGUGGCUAAGAUUGAAGAAGAGAAACGUGGUUUGGAAGAGCAAAUAGAAAUGUUAAAGGCUAAGUUAGAGAAAGAGAAAAAGAAGUCGGAGAGGGUUAAGAAGGAAUCAGAUCAGAUCAACAAAAACUGGGAAAAGAAAUUCUUAAUUCUCAGGAACAGCUUUCACGUCCUUAAGAAUGAGAUGUUUACUAGACACGCAUUGUUCCGUCAGUUUGCAGUGCUGGCUGACACAUCCUUCAAUUAUGUUAAAGUUAAUAAACCUUUAUUUGUGCAAUCCAAAGUGAAAUCGGUAACAGCGUCGACAUCUUCUGCAAAUGUUUAUCAUGCAUCUUCGAUAGACAACAGGUAUGUCGACCUAGACAGGGAUCACAUAUCCCUCCCUCCUUCACCAAGAGUGAGGCUGUCAGAAACCCUGGAAGAAGAGCCUUUGGAGAAGCCGUCGAUGCCCCAGAACACCCCAGUGAACGACACAGAUGCUCCUGAGCAGGCACCGGACACUGGGCUGCGCAGAGCGGGACCCCAGGAAGAGGGCCCUCCCCAUCCUGGCGUAAGGACUGCCUCCCUGACAAGGGACACCAUCUCCAAGGCGUUUCUAACAUAA